CGUGAAUAUUGACGUCACCAAGAGAUCUUGCCGGGGAGAGGCUGAAUGCGUUAAUCUGGCGAAGACAGCCCCUCCCUCCCUCUUUCCGGUGGAUAUUCACUCAAUUGCAGAAGCAGCGUUGAUAAAUUCCAUGCAACAGUUCACUCUCAAUAAGCCUCAGAGGUCCUUUUUUUUAUGAUGGUAACGCCGAAGCUUUGAAACGCGUGGUAACGCCAUUCCGAAACUUUGAAACGUCGCGACGUCAAAAUCAGCUCAAAAAUGCGACCGGCGAUAAGCUUAUCCGCGUUCCUUAUCCUCUUCGCUGUGGUGCUCCCCCUGGUAGGAGCACAGGGCACAAGAGAUGACGACGGAAGACAAAUUAAGAGACAAUGUGACGGGGAAGGGUGUGGAGCUCCGCCUCCCCCCAGGGUGCCUACGCCUGAGACUGGCUACUGCGACACUGAAGAAUUCCCAGACUUGGGUCCUGCCACGGACCCGGCACGCGUUUGCACCCCAAUCGACGAUGACGAUGACGAUGACAAUGACGAUGACGAUGACGAUGACGAUGACGAUGAUGACGACCGCCGCCGCCGGCGUCUCAGGGAUAAGUCUGCCAUGAAGCGACGCCUUCAGGAUGACGACGACGAUGAUGACGACGGUAAGGUCGGGAGGGGGGAGGGGGAGGAAGAGGGAGACACAAGAGUACAAUUUCCCUGCUUUGUCCACCUUCUUUAGACGAUGAAGACGGAAAACCGCUGCAAGAACGUUGUGAGAAAGCCCGUUGUUGUUUUACGGAGGAACCGGUUGACGGCGAGCAGUGCUUCUUCUCGAGUAAGGAUAGAAGUCUGAGCCCCAAAGAUGGCACAUGUAUGUGUUGCCAUGUGCUACGUUGUGUCUCCUGUUGCAGAAUGCCCAUUGGGCGACGAGGGGCGCGAAGAGCAGCUGGUAAGACACGAAAGAAUAUAGCUGCAAGUGAUUGAUUGUGGUAGUGAUAUCUUUCUUUA